UCUCCCGCUCCUGCUGCAGUCAGUUCUCAUCCGGACCAGCCAACAUGAGUUACACGGUAGAGCACCAUCUCUUCGGCCCGACCUCGUACCGCAAGGCUCGGCCGGCCUCCGUGUCCUCCAGCGGCUUUCACUCCCAGCGCCGCCGCCUCACCUACAGCCAGCCGUCCUCCGUGGACAGCUUGGAAACCUUCAACGGCGACAUGACACGGAGGAACGAGAAGGAGAUUCUGCAGACCCUGAACGACCGGUUCGCCGGCUACAUCGACAAGGUGCGCAACCUUGAGAUGCACAACCGCAACUUGGAGGCGGAAGCGGCAGCUCUGCGCCAGAGCCAAGCCGGGCGCACUUCGGUUGGGGAGCACUACGAGCGAGAGCUGGGCGACCUGAAGGGUCUCCUGCAGCAGCUGACCGGGGAGAAGGCCCGCGCAGCUCUGGAGCACGACCACCUGGAGGAGGAUAUCCAGCACCUGCGGGUCAGACUGGAGGAUGAGGCGCGGAACAGGGAUGAGUUGGAGGCUGCCGCGCGCGCCAUGAAAAAGUAUGCUGAGGAGUGCCGGCUGGCGCGUAUGGAGCUGGACAAGAAGCUCCGUGCCCUGGAGGAGGAGGCCGUUUUCCUGAAGAAGAACCACGAGGAAGAAGUGGCUGAACUCCUCGAUCAGAUUCAUGGCGCGCAGGUAAACUUCGACAUGCGAGAAACGCUCAAGGCGGACGUCACCGGCGCCCUGCGAGAGAUCCGCGCGCAGCUGGACGGUCACGCAUCCAAGACCUCAACGCACGCGGAGGAAUGGUUCAAAGUGCGUAUGGAGCGACUGUCUGAAGCCGCUAGGUCCAACCAGGAAGCAAUUCGCGGAAGCCAGGACGAGAUCACAGACUACCGCCGUCAGCUCCAGAACCGCACCAUCGAGCUGGAGACUCUUAGGGGAACCAAAGACUCGCUUGAGAGGCAGCGUAUGGAGAGUGAAGACAGACACCACGAUGAACUCAACUCACUACAGGAGGCCAUCAAUCAGCUGGACAAUGAGCUGAAAUCCACCAAAUGGGAGAUGGCCAGCCAGCUGAAAGAAUAUCAGGAGCUGCUGAAUGUAAAGAUGGCUUUAGAUAUUGAGAUUGCUGCUUAUAGGAAGUUACUGGAGGGAGAGGAGAAUCGCUUUGUGUCAGGAGGAGGUCCGUACUCUUACCUGGAGAGCAGAAUCUCUUCCCACCUGAAAGUGAAAGGAGAGGAGAUUUCAGAUACCGUCAUCGUGGAGGAACAGACCGAUGAGACCCAGGUGACUGAGGUGACAGAGGAGGCCGAUGAGGAGGAAGAGGAGGGAGAGAAAGAAGACGAUGAGGAAACCAAAGAAGAGGAAGAAGAAGGUGAGGAAGGAGAAGAUAAGGAGGAGGAAGGAGAAGGAGCAGAAGAGAAGGAGGAAGCAAAGGGAGAGGAGAAGGAUGAGGAGCAGAAGGAUGAGGAGGAGAAGGGUGAGGAGAAGGGAGAGGAAGAGGAGGCAGGUGAAGAAGAAGAGAAGUCCACAUCUCCAGAAAAGGCUGCAUCCCCUCGGCCCAAAUCUCCUGCCGUCAAAUCACCAGAAUCUAAAUCCCCACAAAAAUCCCCAGAAUCUAAAUCCCCACCAGCCAAAACCCCAGAAUCUAAAUCCCCACCAGCCAAAACCCCAGAAUCUAAAUCCCCACCAGCCAAAUCCCCGAUGCCCAAAUCACCCGCUAAGUUGCUUGCAGGAGAUGAUUCAAAGCCACUUGUUUUACAAUCCCCACCCAAAUCUCCUGAAUCUAAAUCUCCUUGUCCCAAGACCCCUGAAACACAUUCUCCAGAAAAAGAGAAGGCCGAGCCUGCCGCUGCCAAAAACACCCCGAAAGAGGAGAAAAAAGAGGAGAAGCCUGUCAAAGAGGAAAAGGAGAAAGAACAACCUGUGAAGGAAGAGAAGAAGCAAGAGCCCAAGGAGACAGAGCCAGAGAAGGCAGAUAAACCUGGUUCGAAGAAAGAGAGCAAGGCAGAUGAAGCUAAAAAGACGGAUGACGCUUCAAAACCUGCUGCUCCCAGCAAACCAACAGAGGAUAAACCUGCCCCCAAGUCUGAGCCUAAAGAGAGUGCUCCCCCCGCCAAGGAGGAGAAACCCUCAGCUCCUAAAUCAGAGAAGGCCGAGCAGGAGGCAAAGCCCGCCCCUAAAGCAGAGCCCGAGAAAACAGAGGACAAGAAGCCAGAGGUGAAGAAGCCAGAGGAAAAGUCCGCACCUAAAGCCGAACCCCAGAAAACAGAGAGCAAGAAAGACGAGAAGAAGCCAGAGGCGAAAAAGGAGACUAGUAAAGAAGAGAGUAAGGAGGUGAAGGAUGGAGGGAAGGCGGAGAAAUCUUCCGGCACCGAGUCAAAGGAGAGCAAGGAGGAGAAGGCCAAGAAGUAAGACUGAGAAGCUGUGAUUCAAGGCCCGAUGAGAGGAGGUGGAGAUGCCAAAGAACUAUGAAGGGGUAAAGAGCAGGAGAAAAGGGCUGGAUGCACCCAGCUGUUCAGAUGGACGCUUUAACGUCCAAAGCAAAGCAGGUGAUAGUAUGCAAGCAAUAGUGAUUUCUGUAGCAAAUAACCCCCUGCUCCCCAAGUAUGGCCAUUACAUACCCCUGAUGCUUCUGAUGUAUGACUGUAGUGAAUGCAGAAUGCUCUAAACUCUUUAUCUGAAUGUGAUAACUGCCCUUAAUAAAUAACAAGUGCAUUUAAACUGAAUCCCGGUGACGGGGAUCGCAGGGGCCUGCUGUCCCUAACAAGACUUCAAGGGUAGCAAAACAAUGUCAAGCCUAAGAUUGUCACAGAUAUUGAAUAUAAAAAUAUAUAUUUAAGGAGAUACAAAUGUCUGUAUUAUAUUUACAGAUACAUCAGUAAGAAAGACUUGAAUUCUGCUUGUUUAAUGCAGCUUCUUCUGACAGGUGAACUGCACUGUCUCACUCUUUUGGUCUGCAAUGCUAGGACAAUGACGACUAUGUGUGUGUUAUGUAUAAACUGCUGAGAAUAUGCAAUAUAAAACAGAUAAAUAAAGAAAGAAAAAUCAAACACAAAA